CUAACUAACUGGUAAAAGUUUAGGAGUUUGUUUCCGUUCUGAUCCAUCAACCUUGGUCAGUUUGUGACAUAUUAUAGAAUUUUUUAUAAUAGCUGUAUCUUACAUUUCAAAGAACUUAUUGAAUAAAAUUUCUCUUGAAAGAGUUCGAAUGUUUAUUUCUGUUUAUAUUUCUUAAGUUAUUAAUGCAUUUGAGUAGGUUUUUUUAAGAUAUGUUGAUGAUUUAUGGUUUAAUUUUAAAUAAAAUAUUUAUUUCAAUUUCUUAACAAAUAAUUAUAUCAAUGUUUCUUCUUCUACAGAUGGCGUGACUAAAGGGAAUAAAGAUGGCGGCGGUGUCGACCUCCGUACACCUGGAUUCCAGGAUCAAAAUACAAGAUCAUAGCGAUGAGGAACCGUACUCUCCUAAUACCAGGGAUACGACUAGUCCUGAAUAUCACGACGAGGAAAAGGCAGAAGAGAGACCUAUACAUACUUCUUCUUUCUCCAUACAUAAUGUAUUGAAAAAAGAAAGGGAUACUAGUAGUCCAGAAAACGUAUUUUCAACGGAAAAGCUAUUGCAGAACACGCCUAACUUUGAAGAUCAUCAUGAAAGUUCUAGAAAUUCCGACAGUGUCAGUCCUCAAAUUGACGACGACGAAAAUCAUACGAAUGAAUCCAGAGCGGAAAUAAGUGUGGAUGAUGAGAAUUCUUGUUGUAGUGAUGAUACUGUUUUAUCUGUUGGCAACGAAGCACCAGUCGGCUAUGAAACUAGUGAAAGAAGUCCAGAAACCACUCAAGGUUUGACGUCCUUCAAGCACAUACAAACUCAUUUGAAUGCAAUAUCCCAGUUAAGCCAAAAUUUGAAUAUAAACCAGCCUCUACUUUUAAGACCUAGUCCUAUUACGCCAAAUCCCUUAAUGUUCCUAAACCAGCCUCUUUUAUUUCAAAACCCUUUAAUGAAUCAAGUAGACUUAAAGUCAGGCAUCAAUGGACUGAAUAGAAUGCCAAUACCACAAAGCAAUGUAAACUUAACAGCGCAGCACUACGGUCUAAAUUUCGGUGUGAGGAAAAACGGUACUCAGGAACUUAGGAACACUAGAACAGACGAAAAUAGACGGUUAAACUACAUGAGUCCUAAGUCUCCUACUGACGAGUCUGGUAGAGAUUUCAUUAAUCAAAGUUGUUUGAAGUUUAGCAUAGAUAACAUCUUAAAGGCUGAUUUCGGUAGAAGAAUAACUGAUCCACUUACUAAGAGGAAGAGUUUGAAAGCUAGACACUUUGAAGCUAAAACUGUGCCCGUGAAAGAGGCUGUGCCACUGACUUCGAAGCCUGAAGUUUUAGAGUCGAGAGUACCUGAAGUAAAGCCAGGAGAGAAAGGAGGUGCGAUAGACCUUUCUAAAAGUGAAGAUAGCAGUAGUAAUCAGGGAUCUACAACAAGUACAACUACGGGUGAAGGAGGGCCUAUGGUGUGGCCAGCGUGGGUAUACUGUACCAGGUACAGUGAUCGACCCAGUUCCGGACGAAGUAAGUACGGGACCAGCUCACGGGACUCACGUGAGGACAUUCCAAUUGUUUUCUUUUUAUUUAAAAUUAAAUAUUUUUUGUUUAAAUAUUUUGUUAAAAAAAUAAAUAUUAACCAAAUUAACAUUAUUGUUAAUAAAAAAUUACAAUUAAAUAUAAUGAUAUAACUAUAUUUCCUAAUAAAUGCUGGGAAUAGUUGUGUGAUAUUUAGAAAUUAAUCAAAGUUCAAAAAUAUAUUAUUAGACUAUUGGA